UUGUGGAUCUAGAUAAUUCUGCUUGUUGCAUUCAUAAAUGAUUCUCACCUUUCUUAAUCUUUUAUUAGAGCACACAGGUACUAACUAUGAUGGGUAAAGACUUUGAAAACAACUCUUCAAAACAGAGAAGAUCUGGUGUUGAGUGUCUCGAGCUUGAGAGGAGUUUUUUGGACAUAGACUCAGAUGCAGAUGACGAUGUUUUUAGUGAUGAAGAAGUGGUUUCUAACCAUUCCAGUGUUGCUGAGCGUUUAGGUAUCCUUCAUGCAAUCUACCAGAAUGAUUACCAGACCUUCGUUGAUCUCUUGGACUCUGGUAUUGAUCCUAAUUCGUGUGACUGUGAUGGUAACCCCCUGUUACACAUCGUAAUUGAGAAUGGAAACAACGAAAUGAUGGACCUUUUGCUUCAAGAUGAACAUUGCGAUAUAAAUCGUGAAAAUAAAUUUCAACAGACACCAUUGAUCAUCGCUGUGAUUAUGGAUGACUUCCAUAUGGUGAAAACCCUAGUUAAAGCAGGAGCUGAUUUGAACAAAAAAGAUUCAACAGGAAAAACGGCCCUUCUAAUUUCUCUACAGGAUUCAAGGACUGAUAUUACCCAGUAUCUUAUAAAACACGGAAGUGACGUCAAUGUGGUGGACUGUUUGGGUCAAAGCGCAUUAUUUAUCAUUAUUGAAAGCAUGGACCUCAAAUGUGUGAAAAUGGUGAAAAAAUUAUUAAAAGCAGGAUACGAUCUUCAAAAAGAUACAAUAUGGAUGAAAGAAGAGGGUCUUGAUGUCGACAUUGUAAAAAGCGGAAAUUGGGUGUCUAAACUUGCAAGAAAACUCGCAAACAGACUUCAUACCAUGAAAUCGAAUCAACUUUCGUCUGCUACAUCGCGCUCAGACUUUACUUCCAGAAAGCCCCGGGUCUUAACGAUUUACCAAUAAAUCACCGAUAUAAAACUCAUAAUAGAACACAAGAAGUGAUUUUUGAAUAAAAACUGGCGACAAAAAUAUGAGGUUAAAAGGAAGCAUUUGAAUGUACUGCUUCAUGAAAAAAGUAAUUUUUUUCAUCACUUUUUUCAGAUUUCGAUUUUCAGGAAGACAGUUUAGUUUUAUCAUUGCUUCGUUUGUAUGAAGAUACAUGUAAUUAUGUCGUACUAUCUGAAAUUGUCAACACCAUUGUCCAGUUUAUCACUCAAGUUGUCACGUCAUAUACCUUCGUCCUCUAACAAAUCGCAUUUUAGUGCUUGUUUUUAUAAAUCAUUUUUUACGUUGUGAAAUCCUGUUUUUAUAUUUUUGUACUUUGUAAUGUUUUAUUUUAAUAAAAAUAAUUAUAAACCUUA